GCAUGUACAUAAUCCCUGAGUUGACCCAGAAAAUAGGCAGUCGUUUCAAGAUCUGAUGCGGCAAGUCUUUGUGUUGCACACCAGCAGCCCUGCGUCCCUGCACGAGCAUGAAGCGAAACCCUGUGGGAUAAAAACACUGUAAUCCAGAGGAGAUUUGUGGAAAAACACAAGCCUUUUUUUUUUUUUUUUUGAAAGAAGCAAGUCGGCUAACUUUGCGAAAACGGAGAGGAUACGGACAGGAGGCAUGGCAGACCAUCUGAUGAUGCCCAUGAACCACAGCUCAGCGGGCGCCAGUCUCCACGGUUACAGGAUGGGCAUGAAUGGCGGCCUGCAGGCAGGUCACCAGCAGCAUGCCAAUCAGCAGGUCAUGCGGGCGAUGCCCAACGGUCAGAUGAUGCACUACGGCGGCGCCCAGGCCAACAUGGAGACGGCCAUGAGGCAGCGGCAGGGAAUGGUGGGCGGACCCAUGAACGGACAGCUGAACGGGGCCCAGAUGGGUCACCACCAGAUGACCUCUGGUAACAUGAUGUAUAACGGUCAACAGCAGCAGCAGCAGCAUCACCCUCAGCAGCAGCAGCAGCAGCAGCAGCAGCAUCACCCUCAGCAGCAGCAGCAGCAUCACAUGCAUCCACAGCAGCACCAGCAACAGCAGCAACAACAACAACAACAACAGCAGCAGCAGCCUCCACAGCAACAACACCAACAACAGCAACAACAACAGCAACAGUUCAUGAACGGAGGAUUAACGUCCCAACAGCUCAUGGCCAGCAUGCAGCUACAGAAACUCAACACCCAGUACCACGGACACCCUCUGGGACCUAUGGGUGGGAACCACAUGGGGCCCACAGCCCAGUACCGUAUGAACCCAGCUCAGCUAGCUAACAUGCAGCACAUGGCCGGACCAGCACUGGCUCUGAACGGCAUGGACGCGGACAUCGACGAGGAGGUCCUGACCUCGCUGGUCAUGGAGCUGGGUUUGGACCGGGUCCAGGAGCUGCCAGAACUCUUCCUCGGCCAAAAUGAGUUUGACUUCAUUUCGGACUUUGUCAGCAAACAGCAACCCAGCACCGUCAGUUGCUGAGAGGACCUAAUUUGCAAAGCGAGAGGCACAAACGGACACCGAAGAGUGGUAAUGGUCCAGGAUGGAUAAAGGGUUCUCAUCUCCUCACUUUUUGUUCUGUGGGCACCUCUAACACUGUACAACUGAACCGAGUUGUGGCACAGGGUGCACGGAAGAGAACUUUGGAUAAACCCACAGUGAACGCGCAGUGCUCGAGUCUCACGUGUGCUGGUGGCUAGAGAAGGUGGCUGGCCCCAGGGCCUACAGCUCCACAUCUCCUAAAUCCUGGACAUGAAUGUACUAAAGAAAUGCAGAAAUUCUUUAAAAAGCCACUCUGAACAAUCGCUAUGACACUGUGUCGCUUCCAAGCCUGGACUCCAUGACAGUUUACCAGUAAAAAGGUGUAUUUAUUUAUUCCUAACUGAGAAAACUGAUAUAAAGAAACAACCACCUUCUCCUUUAUGGGAACUAAGUGGCUUUAAUGAAUUUUUUUCCCCCCUGAAAGUAGGAUGGGGGAGAUAAUUAAAUGUAACUCCUCUGCUCGUGAUUUUAUUUUCCCCCCAUUCUAUUUGGCCUACUAUUAAAAAAUAAGCUCAGCUGAUGCAGAAAGACAGCGUGAAUUCACAAACGCAACAGAAGUACAAUUUUAUGUGAUUUGAAUUUGAAUGGGAGCCUCACCCUGAAUUUUUUUUUAUUUUAGAUGUAAUGUUCUCAAAAACCUACUGCUUGUACUGUAUGAAGCUGUAUAACUCCAACAUGUCCACACUGUUGUGUUCUAUUGGAGACGUAGAACCGCCUUAAUCAUGCAGAUUCUUAUUUAUUGGUUGUUUAUAUUGUCCCCUUUUUUGUGGUCAAACGGGGGGAUGGUCUUUGUGAAGGGGGUUUUGAGGAUCAAUAAAGAUGGCCUGGUUAGAAGUGUGGCCUGCUUUUCCA